AUGAGCUCCCUCGCGACCCAAGCGGCCGAAACCUUCCAGACGGCUCACCUAAGGCGAAACCCCGAUCCUCACCAUGACAUAAACCCGUCCAAGCGCUCGCCCGCCUCCCUCGGCGUUGACUCCGACUCGGAGGACGACGACACGACCUACGCCAUCCAGAAGCCCCAGACCAAGCCGUUCCCUCCCAUCCCAGACCUCAGGUUCGAACAGAGCUAUCUUCAUAGCAUAUCCAAGGCCGAGACGUGGUGGGAGGUUCUCUUCAUCACCGUCAAGGAUCAGGUUGCUUUCCCCCUUCUCCAAGGAUUCCUAUGGAACCUUACACUCUGCGGGUGGCAAGCGUGGAACCGAAAUGCUAGGGUACAUGGCAACACUGUUGGAGCUAGGGUCAGGCGCUGGUGGUAUGGUGUAAAUAACUGGAGGAUUCCUCCUGCGCCUAGGAUAAACGGGCUGAAGACUAUCUAG